AUGGAGCCAAUUCGUCGUCGACGAAGACCAGCAGUUAAUUGUAUCCGCUCACGACGAGGCGAAUGCGUUUAUGAGAAUCUACAUCCGGCACCUCCUCAACCAGUUCAAAGCGACAGAAGAGAGUUGGCGCCUCGCAACCACGACGAUUUCCAAGACGCAUCGUUACCAACACCAGACGAUCAAUCCGUAAUUUUCCCAACCUUUUCUCCAACGGCAUCAACAACACCACACUCCGAUCUUCCGGAACUGGAAGCGCUAAAGAAAAAAGUAAAGGUACUUGAAGACCAGCUAUCAAAAUCUGCUACAGUGCCUUGCCGUCCGCAAGCCUCAACGCCUAAUUUUGAGACGACAUCAACGCAAUUGGGCGGAACCUUUCAUCUUCACUCGCAAGAUCAACCUGGAGGACUUCAUGCGAUACCUCGUGCUAUUUCUCACAAGACAAGACUUUUUGGACAAAGUCAUUUCGUGACUGGAUUACCUCUGCUUCGAGAUAUUCUGGAAAUAAUCGACAAAGGUACAAACGAGGCCUCGGAUCUCAUCAAGGAGUAUCAGAGGUGUAAAUCUUUAGGUAAACGCAUUAAAAAGCUACGCACUCCCGAAUGGCCGACAUUACUUACCACGCAUCUCGUUUCUCGAAUUAUUUCAGACAGCCUUGUUGAGUGUUAUCUCGGCACGAUGGAGAAGCUUCAUCGUAUCUUGCACAUCCCGACAUUCCGAAAGAACUACGAGGCUAUUUGGGUUUCUGAAAACGAACCAGAUCGGGAUUUUCUCGUUCAAUUGAGGCUGGUUCACGCUUUGGGUGCGACGACGUACGAUGAAAACUUUUCUCUUCGGUCAUCGGCUAUUCAGUGGAUAUAUGAAGCGCAGACAUGGAUCUCCGAGCCAGAAUUCAAGUCCAGGCUUGGAAUCGAGUUUCUCCAGACGAACAUUCUACUGCUUCUCGCUCGAGAAAUUGCAUCUGUUGGUGGCGAAACACUUUGGAUAGCAUGUGGUUCACUCCUCAGAACAGCCAUGUCGAUGGGUCUACACCGUGAUCCAAAACACUUGCCCCAGACUCCGACAUUCGCUUGUGAGAUGAGAAGAAGAAUUUGGAACACCAUCCUGGAGUUAUGCCUACAAUCGAGUAUGACUUCUGGAGGACCACCCAUGAUUUCAGCAAAGGAUUUUGACACUGAACCUCCCGGAAACUUCGAUGACGAGCAAAUUAUGGUUGAGAAUCCCACAUCAAGAUCUGACAAUGUCUUUACACAGACGUCUACCGCGAGAGCAAUGCGAAAGACGUAUCCUUCUCGUCUCAAGGUUGCCAAGCUGCUCAACGAUCUCCGACAGGGUGACUCGUACCAGGAAACGUUACGUCUGGACGCCGAGCUCAAGGCGUCUUACAAAGAGGCAAUCCACAAUCUGCAAAGCUCCAAGAAGAAGGAGUUCUCGCCAACCCAGUUUGAGCUAUCCGCGAUGGAGUUUAUCAUGCGUCGCUUUCUGGGCGCUCUGCACUUUCCGUUCUUUGGGUUGUCUCUAACAGAGCCGAGCUACGCUUUCUCAAGAAAGAUGGCUGUUGAGACCGCUUUUAGGGCAUGGUCAAUCGCACGUGGUGCCGUGAACAAUAACACUGAAUUCGCGCGGUUCGUCGUGUGCAGCUCUGGCUUUUUCCGGACCUCAACGUGGUUAGCCAGUAUAAUCCUCCUACUCGAUCUAAGAAAUCAGGUACAAGAAGAAGACACAUUCUCAUCGACGCCAAUCCAGCGCGAUGUAUUCAACAUGAUGCAGGACGCCAGGCCAUGGACAUUACAGUGCAUCCAGGCGGGUGAGACGAACAUCAAGGGUCACUUGAUAGCCUCGUUAGUAUUGGAGCAGAUCAAGGCUACUAUGAAUCGUGCGUCAAAAGAGGAACUGGCUCAGAAUAUGAUACGGGCGGGGGAGGAGGUAGCAAGGGAGGCUUUGAGUGUGUUUGAGACGUUUAUCGCGCAGUUGGAGCCAGAUGGUGGUGAGCUAAAGUCACUGAAUGACCCGGCAAUCGACUUUGGAGAGGAUUGGACCUUGAUGCUUACUGAUGGGUUUCUUAAUGGUGGAGCGGCUGAUCCUAUGACAUGGAUAUUCUAG